GGCCGUCAAGGCCGCGCGCGGUAGUGGGGGCAUAGGAGGCGGCGCGUUCGGAAAUCGGCUCGAAAAGGGCAAGUAGGCUCAAGCACUGAUCUACAAGAUGUCGCAGAAUCGUUUGUUUCAAACGUAAGAUCUAACAUCCCAGCCAUCGGAGUUGAAGAAAUUUAAUGCAGAUGAAAGUGGUUUCAACCUUGAAAUACAUUCUGGACGAACAUUAACGCAAUUAGAUGCAAAAAUAGUUAAAGCAACGGUUCAAUCGAUAUCUUCUACGACACAUAGUUACACUAUAAUGCCGAUUAUUUCGGCAAGCGGACGAGUUCUUUCACCACUCUACAUGGUUUUAAAGGAAUUCACAGGAACAUUUGGUCCAAGAGUGCAAGAAACUCUUUUUCGUCCAAUUAAUAUUUACAUCCAAGCUUCAACAUCAGGAAAACUUACAUCUGAACAUUUCAAAACUUGGUUCAGCGACGUGUAUUUACCGAAUACUAGUCGUAAAAGCAUGCUACUACUUGAUUCAUGGACGGGACACUGCCCGAGUCAGCUACAGCAGUUGAUUCCACAAGACAAAGAGGUACAACUUUUAACCAUUCCAAAAAAGACGACGGGCUUUAUUCAGCCUUUAGAUGUGUUUGGAUUCCGGAUUUGGAAAAAUUUUGUGCGAACAUUUUCAGAUAAUAUAAUUCUUCAAGAGAGAGAUGUCAAUUUGCACUCCCGUAACGAAAUAAUUAAAUUGCAAUCAUUAACCCAUAAUCAGUUUUCUUCGCCUAGAUUCAAAAAUCUUUUCCAAUAUGCUUGGUUAAAAAACGGAUAUGUAGAAAUACAUUCUGACGAAUUUCAAAAUCCUGUAGAGUUCUCUUACUUACAAAAUGAAAAACAUAUACCCAAAUGUAGUAUUUAUGGAAUGGCCGCUUUUAUGCGCUGUGCGUGGUGCGGCGAAUAUUUUUGUUUUAAACAUUUUUAUGAAGAAUAUCAUUAUUGUACAAAUUAUAAUCCGUAAUUUACAAAAUAGUUAAACAUAUCCGCAUUAUGUAAAUCAAAAAGUUAGACAAGGUUAUCAGUGCAUUAUGUAGUUUUACAUCAUUUAACAUUAAAGUAGUUUUAAUAUCUUGUUUAUUGAUUUGCAAAAUUAUUCACUAAAAUAAAUGUAUGAAUGUUAUUAUUACAAAAUAAUAAAUAAUGUUUAUUGUUAUUACAAUUUAUACGUGUCACUAAUUAGUAUUAAUUUGUUUUAAUUUUUAUAUAUUUGUAAGUACAUACUGAUCGGUUUAAAAGCUAUCUGAAAUGUAUAUUAAUAAUAAUAUAAAUAAUUUAAAUAUUGCUUUGCAAAACUAUUUUAAUAAUUAAAACUGCUAACAAUUUUUAAAAAAUUACUUUAGAUACAAUUUUUUCGAUUCUUACUUAUUGAUGGUUAUUCCGUAAAAACAAAGUCUAUAAUUUUUACAGAGUAAUUUUUCUUAAAUUGUAGUAUCGUUGUCGUUUUUGUAAAGAAUUGAGUGCUUACAC